AUGAGGAAAAUGUCCGUGUGUUUAACAGCUCAAAUUCUCAAGGCUUCAUGGUUUUUCAUACCCCUCUUGUUAAAUUUGAAUUAUGUUCUGGGUCAAGAACACCGGGUGAUGACACAGUCGUGUGAUGGCGACUGGGUCCGGUAUGAGGACAGCUGUUACCGAUAUUAUACGUCACAGAUGGCAUGGAUCUACGCCUUCAAGACGUGCCAGUCAGACAAUGGAUUCCUUACAGACAUUGAAAACGCAGACGAGCAAGCCUUUCUGCAAAAUUUAACGAGCAGGGCAAAAUUUUGGUUAAGCGCGUCAGAUUCUGUGGGUGACUGGUUUAAAUGGAUGUGGUAUGGCGGUAUUCACCCCUGGGGAUAUACCAACUGGGACACCGGUCAACCUGAUAACUCUGGGGGUAAUGAGGACUGUGCUGUAGUCAAAGAAAACGGAAAAUGGGACGAUUUGGACUGUAGCUCGACUUUGCCAUUUGUCUGUAAAAGAAAAGUUACGAUAUCUUUUUGCGAUUCAACAUGGAAAAAGAAAGAUGGAGGAUGCUUCAAAGUAUUUCCUGAUUUCAAGAACUGGCUAGACGCUCAAAGAACUUGUCAAUCAAAUUCAGCCACACUUGCUAAUAUCGAUAGCAUUUCUAAACAAAAUUAUGUGUUUGGUUUAUUUCGUGUUUGGUUGAUUUGGAUUGGUGGGUUUUACUCACCGACGGAAGACGUUUGGGCAUGGGCUGGAACGAACCUACCAUGGGAAUAUCAGUAUUGGGGCCCAGGUCAGCCAAAUAACGGUAGAUUACAGAACUGCCUUGGGCUUGCUCCAUCUACUGGAUUCUGGGACGAUGGAAAAUGCGAUGGCCACUACAUACAAUAUAUAUGUGAAAGGAAGACGUUUUAUCUUACCGAAGAUCCUGUUUUGACAUUGGCAGUGGAGGCUUCUAGCAAUGAAACGAGACUCAUCUGUGCUUUUAUUUUCAACAUUUCGGACGUCGAUUUCUCUGUGGAAUGGUAUCUGAAUGAUAAAGUUAUUAAAGAAGACACACUUAUUAAUAAAACAGAGGGCUUAUUACUGGAAAAAGAUAUUACAUUGUUAAAGCAAGGAGAUCAGAUGAAGUGUGUUGUUACUCCGUGCAUGCCAGGAAACUGCAGUAUGAGAGGUUCUUCACGAGAAAGCAACGUUAUAUCUGCAAAGAUUCAGGUUGAAAGCGGAGCUCAGAUCACAUUGGCUGAGAGUUUAGGCCCCGCCCUUAUUAAUAUCACCAGCACUGUCCCCCCACACCUGUUCUGUGAACAAAGUCACCGAGAUAGCCCUGAAUUAUGUAACCCACAUGUGUCUAUUCAAUUAGUGAGAGGAUGGGAAAGAACAUGUAUUCGUUCGCAUGUGCCCAUUAGUCAAGCUGUAUUCGGUACAUACGUUCCACAUUCCAAACCAUGUACAUAUAAGAUGACAUGGUCAUCUGAAGUGUUAAUACCAGUGAAGGCAACACUGGACGGCAUUGUUGACAGAAACCAAUACAGAAACAUCCGGGUUCUUUUUACCGCUUCCAACGUCACAAAGCUCAUAUCUACUGUACAGAUGACUAUAGUGGAUGAAGAUAGGAUAGCAACAUGUUCAUCUAUAAAUGACCCUCACAUGACAACAUUUGAUAAAAGUUAUUAUGACAACUAUUUGGAAGGCGAAUUUGUAUUGUACAGGCACAAGAGCUUGCCUUAUGAGGUCCGAGUCUUCUACCGUAGAUGUAAUACAGUGGCUGCCUGUAACUGUGCUGUUGCGGUUAAGUCUGGGGAUGACGUCAUACUACUCGAUGUCUGUGGUCCUUCAGUUAAAGCAACUACAAGAAAACCUGUUUUCACGAUAAAAAUGUAUUUGAAUGGAGAACUUACUCCGGGAACUGAGGUUAUUUCACAUGGAGGAGGAAAAACAUACGAGGUUGUACUUCCGACCGGAGCAAGGAUUUUUGUUAUGACCGGACAGAUUAUCAGUAAUAGACAAUUUCUAAAUGUUAAAAUGGUGGCAUCAACAGUUGAUUUCAAUCAAACAGAGGGACUUUGUGGGACAUUUGAUGGAGACAAAAAUAACGAUCUGAUGAAAAGGGAUGGCUCGUUGUAUACAGGAGGAGUUAAACAUCCUAACGAGUUUUCCUUGACAUGGAGGGUUUCCCUUGAAGAAUCGCUAUUCAAGGGCGACUGCAGGUCCUCCAACUCUGGUAUGGUUGAAAAGAGACAUUACUGUGAUUGUUUGGAGGGAGAAACCGCCAUAUGUCAAGAAAGGGUGGAUGUAAUGACCUGUGCAGAAAUCGAGAAAAGGAGAGGCCUUCUGAACGGACAAAAGGGAGUGAAACUUAUCACACAGGACUUGAUGAACGAUGCGGAGACCCCUCCUAUACGCUGUGGGUCCACAAGGAACGAAUCGUUUGAAUACGAUCCACAGUAUAGGCAACCGAUUCCAGAAUGGCCUACUGCAAGUAAUAUCACCGAACCCAUAGCACGAAAUUUCUGUAAACAUUUCCUAGAAAACGACAAAGCAGGAGCUUUAUGCGUGAAUGUCUCUGGAAUUGAUAUUGAUCCCAUACUGCAAGGCUGUAUAAGUGACAUCCAGCUUACGGACAGUACUGAUUGGGCAAAGGAGAGUCUUGACAAUUUGCUACGUGAAUGUAUAACUAUCAUAGAGACAGAUGAUUGGAGCAAUGUAACGAGACCUGAUGUAUUAGAUAUUAUAUGUCCAAACAAUUGUUGGGGGAAUGGGAACUGUUCUGAUGGACUUUGUCAGUGCUUCCAUCCUUGGAUUGGAGACGAUUGCUCCGUCAACAAAACUGUGCCACCAGAGCUUCAUCAAGUUGGCGAUGGGGAGCCGUGUGACUCUGUUUGUUCAGAGUGUCUCUCUGUCAGAUUAUACGGCGAGAACUUUGCUGAUCUUGAAAAUCUUACAUGUCACUAUAGAAUAUUAAAUUUAUCAUUGGAACCAAUAUCAGAUGUAAAAUCAAUAAAGGCAGAGUACUUCAACAGUCAUAUGGUUAAAUGCACUCUUCAAGAGGUAGCAUUUUAUGAAAUUGCAGUCAGCAAUGACGGAGAGAUCAUGAGUGAUUACAUACAAUACAUUGUUUUCAGCAGCCAUUGUCACCGUUGCAAUAGCUCUUGGUGUACAAAAAGGAAUGAUGUUUGCAAAAUAAAUGAUGAAUGUCAAGAGCAUGGCUUUGUGAAUCCAACGAAUACGUUGGAAGUUUGCAACGUAACUCUUUCCAAAUUCCAGUGGACUAGAUUAAAUGUUGAAAAUAUCCCCAUGAAAAGUUACACUUUUCAAGAUGUAUCUGGCCAGUUUGUCAUCACGAGGGAAUCGAGGCUCUAUGUAGGAGGAACAGGUUUACCAACAUUAACAGAGUCAUUGAACAGGAAGGCUCUCGUAUUAAAUGGUUAUCAGUAUCUCUCACUAGGAGGUUUAUUAGAUACUAGUUCCUGUUUUCAUGACGUGGAGGGGAGUCCUUUUGGUAUAACUAUCACUCUCGUCGUCAAGUUGUCGAGAAGCGCUAGCACCUGCUUUGUUUUCAGUUCCGGUGGAGAGAAAGUUUCUCAUUACGGGUACGCUAUGUGGCUCGAGAAUGACAGUCUAUAUGCCAAGGCUAGUAAUAGUAGGCACGAAUGGGUCGUUUCUACUUCCAGCGUGAAGAUGGAGGAAUUUAUUCACAUACAGAUGAUGUGGAGUCUGCAAAGUGGUUUACAACUAACUAUAAAUUCCAACACGAUGACAUCAAGCAAAAAUUGUAUUUCAAGACCAGAAUCAAAUUACACACCUCUUAAAGAAUUUGUAAUUGGAGGUUCUUCAAAAAAGGACCAAAACUGUAAAUUAUCUAUAGAACGUCUAGCUUUUGUGUGUGCCUCUGGAGACCUUAUCAACACAACCAACAGUACAGAUUUGCCUGUCACUGAACGGACAACUACGGUUGGCAUACUUACUGGUAAGCCAUGCGAACAGUCGACUUCGUCAGCAACAACGUUAGAAGCUGCUGUCAUCUCAACAUCUGUACUCUCAGGAGUUUUAUUUUGUACAGUUUGUUGCGUAUUUUUAUUUUUCGGAUGCAAACAGCGUCGGAAAAAGAAACAAUACAUUCAUAUUGUGUCACCUGAUCAAAGUAAAACUGACCAAACAGCAAAUGCGAAGAGGGCUGCACUUAAUUCAGUAUUCGCGGACGAUACCGGAACCUCAGCUUACAGGCAUCAUUGGACAGGCGAGACUCCUUUAUGGAGAGUACACAGGUACGCAGAGCAUGAUAGAAUAAGGAUCAAUACGAAAAAUAACGGUAUGACAAAUUCAAACAUUAUGGGAGCCCAUGAAGCAGAAACUAGAGUUCCUGUUGAAACGAGAUACGGCAAUGCUGUUUAUGGGUUUUCCAGAGAGCCAAGCACAGGUCCGUAUACUCGUACAACCAAUGAAAUUAAUACACGUCACGUAGAAAGCACAAGGUGCAUCCUUCAGUCCGGGAUUUCAUCGACAGGCGAAAAUGGACACGUACCAACUUUCUAUCAAAGACGACCUGAUGAUCAGGUGCUCUGGAUUCAAAGUCCAAGAAUGAAGAAUGAGUUAGAUGUGAGCACAACCUUAAAGAGGGAACGCCAUGAACAGAUAGAAGAUAGUUCACGUGUUAGAAGUUUUAGUGAAUCAAAUACUUUGACAAGUGGUAACCAAUUAUUUCCUGAUAAUACUACAAAGAAAAGUAGAAUAGAAAAUCAAAAUCAAAACCGAAUGGUGAAAACUGUAAAAACCAUCCUAUCCAGAGAAGAUACUAGUAGUUCAAAAGAGAAAAGCCAUGUUUGCACAAACUGCAAGGGUCAUUAUGAAUUUCAUAAAGAUACCAGUAUGCUUGACGGCGCUGUCUUUAGAAAGACUAAUGGCUUUAAAGACAGCAGUUGUCAAACAGAAUCUUAUUCCGAACCCUCUGGAAAAACUCAAAGUUAUAUUGCCCAUGCCCAUAACGACCAAUUCAGCAAUAAAAACCAAAGUGAGAAUAGAAAUUAUACUGAGUCACGUUAUUUGUACGCCAUUAGCUCUCGUCAACCUUGGCCAGAUUUUCCAGAAACAAAAUUAGGUCGACAAGACAUGUUAAACCUUGUUUCGGAUAAAAAUAAGGAAAUUAAACAUGGCAGCAUGGCUUGUUCCAUUGCUGAAGAAAAACAAUCAAGUCAAUCAAAAAAGUUUGAUGUUUCAAAAGAGGAAAUCAUGGAAAGCAGGGAUCAGGCCGAGUGCAGCAAUCAAUCACAGGUUUUAGAUAGCAAGGUUUAUUUAUCUAAAGAAGCAUUGCAGGAGGGAAAACAGGGCCCGGAAAUACAAGUAGAAACCAUGUGGAUGCCAAGCGAAACUGAAGAGGAUAGCAUAAGUUUAUUGUCUUGUGGAACAGAGAUUGAAAUGGGGGGAAUAAUGAAGGAUGCAGAAAUGCAGAGAAAAGAUGGUAUUGAUAAAUCAUAUGAAAUUAGGACGGAAUGGAUUCCAGAAAUGACCAGUCGAACACAAGCCACGUUUUAUUGUGCAUCAUGCAAUGCAAGUUCUGAAAUUUUGAAUUUUGAUGAAAUGCAAAAUGAAACCGCUCGAUUUCAGCCGGACUCGUCUACGUUUGCUUGGAAAAGCGCAUCAAACACCCAACUUAGCAAAGUAAAACUGCAGGAAAAAUCUACAGAUGAACUUUUUGAGAUGAAACUUGACAAGGAAGUCGUUCCACGAAGUGACAUGCAUGUACUGGAAAGAGAUAUGUUUUUAACAGAUUCCCAAAAAUAUCUUGCAACUCAUAGCAAAAUUGACAAUGGAAAACAAGUAAACCGCAAAUAUGCAACAGAUAAAAAGUCGGAAAGUAGAGAAAAUGAAAGUCAAUUUCUUGAAGCCAGAUUGCUUAAUAUGCAUUUAGGUAUAAAAGAAGAAAUGUAUUCAUCUGUUCACAUUUUAAAUGGACAUCAGGUUGAUCGAAAAAAUAAGAAAUCAUGUAAUCAUUGUCCUAAAAAUUUGGAUCCGGAGUCUUCCUUGCAAACACAUUUGUCUAUGGGCUUAGGAAAAGCCAAAUUGGGGACGCAAACUGGUGAAGUGAAAAUCAAAGAGCAACAUAAAAUACAAGCACACCCCCAAAGCAUCCAGAUGGUUGGCCAUGUUGCUUCAAAAAUGCAUGAAAACAACCAAGAAAAAUAUAGGCGCUUUCAAUUGUUAAAGAAAACAGAUGACAGCGAUGUAUUCAUUAAACAUCCUUAUGAACAAAUAAAAGACUUUGCUGUUGGUUUUAAGAAACAAGAAACGCUCCCAGAGGAUUCUUCACAUGAAGAAAAUGAUGGUUAUUAUCAGUCCGGGGAAACCAUGUUCAAAACAACUGCAGAAGAAUCCAAAGAAUCCGUCUUGAAGGACCAUCAUUCUGAAUCUAUCGUAGAGGGGUCGCUGCAGAAAACAGGAUCAGUCCAUACAAGUUACAAUAGGACAUCCUCGAUGUCUAAAAUAGAUGUCCCUGGAAAUGAAUGGACCAGGGAACCCGCGAACACAUCAAACACAACAGACAGAGGAAAUCACAUCUACACAACAUACCCGGCAUGGAAAGUCGACAUUAACGCUGACAAAUAAUCCACUAUUACUUGCAAGCAAAUUUUAUAAACUUUUGUGUAUCGACUGGGUUAAAGUAUUUGAGUAAUGCAGGCAUGUUUUAUUUCAUUUCUUAUUUUUGUUUUUAUUA